UAUUUUGAAAUCCACUUGAGUUUGAGUUUACGUUACGCUUAGCAAAAUCUGUGACGCGAAUGUAGGACGUGUCCCAAUUUAAGUUAAAGAAGUGUGGGCCUAUAACCACGCUUGGUGUGUGAAUAGUAGAUUCAAGAAUGGCCACAAGAACCUGGGGAACUACUCCGGAUGGACGAUAUGAAUUCGUUUCCUUGACAAACGAAACUCUCCCAGCAGCAAUGAAUGUAAUGCGUCGGGCAUUUUUCGGAGAAGAAACCGUUUCAGUUGCAUGUGAAUUACCCAAGAAUCCAGAAGCUGCAGCAGAACUGGAAGACAUGAUCAUACAUGCUGCUGAGGAUGGAGUAUCAAUCAUUGCAGUUGAAACUGCCACUGGCGAAGUGGCCGCCGCUGCUAUUAAUAUAUUUGAAUUGGCACCCCAAUUACAAGAAUCGGAUUAUUUCAUAGACUACCAAGCCAAGUGCAAAACUCCAAAUGCCAAGUAUCUCUUACAGUUCAUGAUUGACAUGGGAAAUGAACUUGAUAUAUUUAAGCAUUAUCAGGUAGAUGUCCUGCUUGAGAUCAUGUUUUUGGCUACCCUCAAGGAGCACAGAGGACAUGGAUUGGCAAAAGCGCUUUUUCAAUGUUCAAUUGAAUUAGCUAAACAAUUGAAAGAUGGCAAUGAUGUCAGAACCAUGCUUAGCGGCGUGCCAAAACCUUUGCCACUGCCAAAAUUGGUAACAGCAUUAUGCUCUUCAUUUAUUACACAAAAGAUUGCACAACAAUUGGGAUUUGAAAACUUAAAAAUGGUUGAUUUUCAUAAGUGGACCUUUAAUGGCAGGUCGUUUGCGGAGGUGAUUGGGCCAGAGACACCAGCGACUUCAAUUGAUUGUUUCGUUUUAAAAUAACGCAGAAUUUAAUUAAAUUCCAAAACAUACCUGAA